AAACCAGUGAAUGGCUUUUAAAAAACAAUUUCGAUCAAACAUCAAUUUCCUCGGAAGAAAUGACAGACAAGGAUUCUGAAGUAAAACGAGGAAGAUUUACGAGAAAAAGUUCAGCACUGAACGGUGAUAUAUCACGAAAUUAUCGCAAGCACGGCCGUAAAGGAAAGAAACGUCUACAUACUAGCCGUAAAGUCGGUACCAACGAUGUUGAAAGAUUUAACAAUACAGCAGCGCUUUUGCGUUGCUCGGGACUUCUUCAAAUCACAAAGAGUAUUUCUCAGCUCGUGAAUGAUAACCAGAAAUUACAAACUGAGAUUGACAAACUACAACAAGAAACGACCGAUCAUAGCCGGCAGUUGAGGAAGCAACUUCAGAAAAAACUCGAAGCGGAGAACGAGACGAGUGGGUCGUGCAAUCCGGAUGGCCACAAGCUACUCACGAAACUUUCGCAGUCUUUGCUUCAAUGGGACUAA